GUGCAAUUUUGGGUGUAGAUUUCAGUUUAUUUACAAAAUUGCCACUGAGUCUCUCAUUCCCUCCCUAAAGACCUCUUCUUUGCUUUCCCCAGUUAAAGACUGCGAUUCGCCACUGAGCUCCGAGUUCAGGGCUCUGUCCCUCUACGGCGGUAGAAAUGGAGUCUCCACCUCCUCGGCGAUGGCCACGAAGGCUCAGCGCUCGACCCAAGACGACAAAUUGAAGGAUGCCCAGAUGGAGGUAGCUGAUAAGCCUGAGAAAGUCGUGCUUCCAACCAACGAGUCCUCCGAAAGCCUCAUCAGAAUUCGACACACGUGUGCACACGUGAUGGCCAUGGCUGUUCAGAAGGUCUUCCCGGAUGCAAAAGUGACAAUUGGUCCGUGGAUGGAAAAUGGGUUCUAUUAUGAUUUUGAUAUGGAGCCUUUGACGGACAAAGAGUUGAAGAGAAUCAAGAAGGAGAUGGAUCACAUCAUUGGUAGAAACUUACCACUCAUAUGAGAAGAAGUUUCAAGAGAUGAAGCUCACAAAAGAAUAACCGCUCUCAACGAACCAUACAAAUUGGAAAUUUUGGAUAGUAUUAAAGAAGAUCCCAUUACCAUAUAUCAUAUUGGUAAGGGUUUCACUAUUUUCAGGCUCAAUAUAGUAUGGAAGGUGAUGAUUUAAUGUGCAGGAACUGUGCGUAAAUGAUAUUUUUAUUAGCUACACAAGUGAAAUGUACAGUGUUUGUGUCCAGUCUUAAGAUGGAAAUUUAAAGGAAUAAAAAAGAGAGGGCGGGGGUGUGCUCAGGGAAAACAAUGUUGUUGGUGCUCUUUAAAUAUGUGUUAUUGAUAUACAGAUUGAAAAGGAGAUUAAUUUGAAGGUGAUGAAUGGUGGGACCUAUGUGCGGGGCCCCAUGUUGAAAAAACUGGAAAUAUUAACAGAAAAGCUGUCGAACUUGAGUCUAUUGCUGGUGCCUACUGGAGAGGAGAUGAAAAGAAACCGAUGCUGCAGAGGAUCUAUGGCACUGCAUGGGAGAGUGAGGAUCAAUUGAAGGCAUAUCUUCAUUUCAAAGAGGAAGCUAAACGUCGAGAUCACAGGCACCUUGGUCAAGUUCUUGACCUGUUUUCUAGACAGAAUGAUGCUGGUGGGGGUUUAGUGUUCUGGCGUCCAAGGGGUGCUAUUGUGAGGCAUGUAAUGGAAGAUUUGUGGAAAAAAUCCACAUAGAACGUGGUUACGAUCUGCUGUAUACUCCACAUGUUGCAAAGGCGAACCUUUGGCAGAUAAUUGGUCAUCUGGAUUACUACAAGGAGAAUAUGUAUGAUCAAAUGAAUGUUGAGGAUGAACUUUAUCGGCUUUCGACCAAUGAACUGCCCCUAUCAUAUCUUGGUUUACAAAAGGAAGCCUCACUCAUAUCAUGAAUUUCCUAUUCAAGUUGCUGAGUUGGGAACCGUAUAUAGAUACGAAUUAUCUGGAAGCUUGCAUGGUCUUUCUUGUGUAAAAGGUUUUACUCAGGAUGGUGUCCACAUAUUUUGUCUAGAAGAUCAGAUCAAAGAUGAAAUAAGGGGUGUCCUAGAUCUUACCGAAGAACUUUUGUUGCAAUUUGGCUUCAGAAACCUGCUUUUAUAUGACAAUCCAACAAUCCAAGCUUAGCAGUGUCAAAGAGAGGAGCUUCCUCUCUAAACAACGUGACGAUAACUACGGUUGUAGCACGCUAAUGGUUAGGUUAUACAGCAUUUCUUCUUCUUUCAAUUAUGUGUUCAUGUGUUAUUACAUUUGAGACAAUGUACUGUACUUCUAUGCAUAGUACAUACUGUUAAUUUUCUUUCAAUGAUUGUAAUAGUCUCCUCACGGCACUGAAGGUAAUUAUAUUUUCUUUGAACAACGGUCGAAAGCAACAUAAAGAUUUGUCAACAUAUUCAAAGCUAACAAGACUCUUGGUAGAAAAAAAUGCAUCGGAUAUGUGGAGAGAAGAGAAGGCAUUAGGUAUGGUCGAUCCAUCAUUGGGUCAGACGGACUUUGCGUGCAAGAAAGUGCAUCAGAGAGGCCAAUCAUGUCGGAAGUUAUUUUCAGAAGGCAUUACGUGGUGUUGAAUUUUAUGACAAAAAUGAAAGGUAAAAUCAUUCAUUACCAGUCGUACAGACUUGGCCCCAUUCAGAGCCAAUUUGUCUUAUCAAUUUACUGAACACAACUGGAAGUCGAGCGUAUGCCCUUAAAUUAGCAUUACUCGAAACUCGAUCAAAGAAAAAGAAAAUCCAACCUUUCCGGCUUUUUGUUUCUGCAUGUCAAAGGAAGCAGCCAUUUUAGCACUUAAACUCCUCCAUGAGAAAGCUAACAAUGAAUUCUACUGAAUUCUUUUUUGUCAGUACUGUAUUGCUCAUCUUCCUUGCGAUUCUUCCCUCUUCCAUUUCGGUUACCCUAGACGCCAUUACACCAAACCAACCCCUAAGAGAGGACGACGUUCUUCUCUCCACCACUAAAAUCUUUGCACUAGGGUUUUUUAAGCCAGGCAAUUCUCGUAACCGUUACAUUGGAGUUUGGUUCAACAAAAUUCCAAUCAAAACCGUUGUCUGGAUUGCAAACAGAGAAAACCCCAUAGUUCCUACUGCUGGAACUGGACUUCUAGCCAUUCAUGGGGAACAUGGUGGCCUUGUUAUUUAUGGGGAGGACCAAAAUACCCCUAUCUGGUCCGCUAAUCUCACCGUCUCUUCUCCAAACAAAUCCGUGAUAGCCAAGCUUUCGGAUAAGGGAAAUCUUGUUGUUGAAAUUAAUGGUGAAAAGGUGUGGCAAGGUUUUGAUUAUCCCACAAAUACGAUGCUUCCUUUUAUGAAAAUUGGGCUGGACAGGCGGUCCAGGUUGAACCGGUUCCUCACAGCUUGGAAGUCCCAAGACGACCCGGGAAUGGGCAACUGUUCGUUCCGGAUGGAGCCGAGUGAGAGUCCACAGGAGUUCUUAUACAUGGGUCAGACUCCAUUGUAUAGGACUGGACCUUGGACCGGUGAAAGAUGGUCCGGGGUGCCUGAAAUGGUAAAACUAUUCUUCACCAACGUUACUUUUGUGAACAAUCAAGAUGAGGUAUCCAUCAUGGAUGUAGUUACUGAAUCAUCCUUCGUAAAAUUCGUGAUCGAUGAAUCAGGAAACAUUGAACGGUCCGCAUGGGACGCUGAAGUGCAUAAAUGGGUCCGGCUUUGGUCGCCGGAUUGGCGGUGUGAUUCUUACGGGGUGUGUGGUCCGAAUAGCAUUUGUGACCCAUACACAAACUUUGCGGAUAAAUUUGAGUGCAAAUGCCUACCUGGAUUCGUACCCAAGUUGCAACAUGAGUGGUAUUCGAGAGAUUGGUCAGGCGGGUGCGUGAGGCAAAAAGGAUCACCCGUUUGCCAAAACGGGGAAGGGUUCGUGAAGUUGGAACGCGUGAAGCUGCCGGACACUUCUACGGCACGUGUGAACAUGAGCAGGAGUCGGGAAGCAUGUAAAGAAGAAUGCCUGAGAAAUUGUUCUUGCAUGGCAUACGCAAAUGCAGAUGAAAGGCAGGGAGGGAGUGGCUGUAUAACAUGGCAUGGGGACUUGAUGGACACAAGGACUUAUUUGGAUACGGGUCAAGAUUUAAGUGUGCGAGUUGAUGCAACUGUUUUAGCUCAAUACGCAAAGAAGUCAAACAGUUCUUUCGGCAAGAAGAGGAAGCUGGAAGUUUCAGUAGCAUGUGGUCUUUUGUUCUUCCUCGUGUUUUCCCUUGCAUGUUGGUUGGUAAAGAGGAAGAGAAAAGGUAAAAAACGUCAGGAUAAAUUUUUCAAUGUGACCAUAGCAUCAACCUCCUGGGAAGAUUCUUCUGCUAGAACAAAUAUUGAUGAAAGUGGAAUAAACUCUGAAUUACCAUUCUUUGAACUAAGUACCAUAGUUAAGGCCACAAAUAAUUUCACUUCCAACAACAAGCUUGGAACAGGUGGUUUCGGCUCAGUUUAUAAGGGUGUGCUUGAUGAUGGAAAGGAGAUAGCAGUGAAAAGACUAGCCAAGAAUUCUGGCCAAGGAAUUGGAGAGUUUAAGAAUGAAGUUGUGCUGCUUUCAAAGCUCCAACACAGGAACCUUGUGAGGAUCAUAGGUUGCUGCGUUCAAGAUGAAGAGAAGAUGCUGAUCUAUGAAUACUUGCCGAACAAAAGUCUUGACUUUUUCAUUUUCGCAAAUGAGGCAUUCUUGGAUUGGACAAGACGCUUUGAGAUAAUCUAUGGGAUUGCUAGAGGGAUCUUAUAUCUUCAUCAGGAUUCGAGAUUAAGAAUCAUCCAUAGAGAUCUAAAGGCCAGCAAUGUUCUGUUGGAUUCUGCUAUGAACCCCAAGAUUUCAGAUUUUGGUAUGGCUAGGAUAUUUGGAGCGGAACAAAUUGAAGCAAAUACAAACCGUGUGGUUGGGACAUACGGUUAUAUGUCACCAGAGUACGCAAUGGAAGGACAUUUUUCAGUAAAGUCUGACAUAUAUAGCUUCGGCAUUUUACUACUAGAAAUUGUUACUGGCAGAAAGAACACUGGCUACUACCACGAUAGUCCUUACUCAAAUUUAGUUGGACAUGUUUGGGACUUGUGGAAGGAAAAUAGAGCCUUGGAAAUCAUUGAUUCAUCUCUGGGAGAAUCAUACCCUGUCAACGAAGUUCUAAGAUGUAUUCACAUUGCCCUCUUGUGCGUGCAAGAGCAAGCGAAGGAUCGUCCACUCAUGUCAGUAGUGGUUUCCAUGUUGGGUAAUGAUGCAGCAAUUCCUUCACCAAAGCAACCUGGAUUUUUGUUGAACAGAGGUUAUCAUACUAGUGGAGACCCAUCAUCCAAUACUGAUGGAGCUUACUCUGUAAAUGACAUGACCUAUACACAACCAGAAGGUCGCUAAGGAGAGAACCAGACGUAUAAUUGGACAUACUAUAUUAUUCAAUUGAGAAUCACAUGAUGAGUGAGAUAAGAAGAGAGGAUAUACCCUGAUUUCACUCAAUAAUUUGCCUUAUAACUAAAGAUCUAAGUUCUAUAUUAAUUUGCAACACUCAUCAUUUGUCUUGUUAUAAAUACAUGUUAUAAAA